UAUAAUCCCAGUAUUUGGAUUUUGCUAAAUUUACCUGCGAGGAUGUUCACUAUGCUUGCAGAAUGUUGGAUUACCUAGUUUUUCUGGGUUUUUUUCCCUCUGCCUUCCAAGCCCAUCCUGGUUUAUUCAUUAAUCACAUGACAAGCUGAAUAGAUGCUCUGGAACUCAGUUAGAAUCUGCACCAUAGGAAGACAUCUUCUGAUGUUUGCUAUUGUUUUUCACAGUGGAUCCUUAUAAUUAUCUCUCCAUUAUUUAGCAACGUACUUCCAAGUUGAGACCUAGCUAAUUGAAGAAGAGUUUCUGGCUUUGUGGUUCUUGACCUGAUUUUUUAAGAUAGAAAACAUCCAGUGGUUCUAGGGGACAUGGGAACUGGGAAGACCAGUUUAGUCUUAAGAUUUGUCAAAGGCCAGUUUGUUGAUCACCAGGAACCAACCAUUGGAGCAGCUUUUUUCACUCAGAUACUGUCCUUAGCUGACGCCACGGUGAAGUUUGAUAUAUGGGAUACGGCAGGACAAGAGCGAUAUCAUAGCUUGGCUCCUAUGUAUUAUCGUGGUGCUGCAGCAGCUUUGGUUGUAUAUGACAUAUCAAGCAUGGAUACAUUCACUCGAGCCAAACAAUGGGUUCAAGAAUUGCAUAGACAAGGAAAUCAAAAUAUGGUGAUGGCAUUAGUUGCAAACAAGUCUGACCUGGAUGAAAAGAGAGAGGUUAAGACCGAGGAGGGGGAGAAAUUUUCUCAAGAAAAUGGGAUGUUUUUCAUAGAAACAUCUGCAAAAACUGCACAUAAUACCGAUGAACUCUUCCAUGAAAUAGGUAAAAGACUAGCAAGAGCAGCCCCUUCAAAGCGAGGUGGGAUGAAUCUACUCAAUGAAACACGAGAUAGAAGAAGAAGACUACGUUGUUGUACAGGUUGACGUCCCUACCACUUCAAGUGUCCUUGAGCAAUCAAUGACAUCAAGGUCCUCUUGGAUUUCAUUGUGAAAACAUGCUUAUUUUUCAGAACCUGGCCAUUUGUUAAAGUUUUAUAGCGCCUCCUAUAUCUGAAUUGGUUAAUUGGUUCCAUAAUACCAUUGUUUAGUGUACGAGGGGCUCCCAAUCUGUAAAGAAAUUGCUGACAAAAAACCAAUAUCUUUGUAAAUGAACCAAAUAAGGGCAAGUUGUCAUGCUUACAGAAAAUCUUGGUAGGAUCAUGCAAGAAUGAUGCUUACAGAAGCCCCGAAAAUUGAAACACGUGAAUUAUUCCAAUGGGGCCCGGUGUAAUUCUUAGGCUCAGAGGCUGAAGGAGGCUCAUAG